AGACUCUGCCAAGCCCCCGUGUCCUAACUUGAGGGGAGCCCCUAAACGUAAAAAAAAUAUUGUUUUUUAAAAUGAAAUAUAUAAAAAUUGUCCCUCGCAUGCUUUCAUUUUGCAGUGUGCGGCCAUUAGUGGAAAAAGGUAAAGAACUCCUGUUCUAAAGUGACGGUACUUUUACUUAAGUACAAUUUUGACAACUGUAGCCACCUUUGCCUAUCUGUGCCGUAUGACAGUUAGCGUACACAAAUAUGGUGGGGGAUUAAAAUCCCAACAUAUAACUACUACUGCAUUGUCAUUCACCGUGCUCACCGUUGUAGUUUCAAAGUGGACCUCAAGAACCUGGUUCGUCAACACCACUUCCUUUGACCUUUGACUCAUGUGUCUUGUGGCGAUGUUUCAUGCAGACAAAGCUUCCUCAAAAAUCGCAAUGGAAAGACACACACACACACACGCACACACACUGGUCCGCCAUGGAGGUUGUCUUGUGCGUUGCGUUGUUGUUUGCUGCUGGUGAAGGCUCUAAGGGUAGCGAGUGGUCCGUGCGCAUGCAGGCGGAGGUGCGGGCCAUGGAGGGUUACCCUGCGGUGCUGCCGUGCACCUUCCUCCACCCGCCGCAUUCCCAGCAUUCCUCUGUGCGGGUGCUGUGGCGGCAGGAUCACGGCGAAGUCGUCUACCGCUGCGCCAGUCUGGCGGGAGCCCCCGCCUGCGAGCCCGGACCGCAGCAGGAUCAGCGGUACCGACUUGAGGGCGACCCGCGCGAGCACGAUCUGUCGCUGCGCAUCAACGGCGCCGCCCUGCAGGACAGCGGCCGCUACUACUGCGGCAUAGAGGUGGAGGGUCGCGAGGACGUGAGCGUUGAGGACAAGAUGGGGACCCUUCUGAGAGUGGAGGCUGUUCCCAGCAUCGUGUCUCUGUGGGUGGAGGGCGGGGAGCACGUUGGCUACACGGCUCUGUGCCAGGUCCAGGGCUCGCCGCUGCCCGACAUCCAGUGGCUAGGGCCGGACCGCCUUCUGGAAGGUUCUACAGCCACAACUCAGAGCGACGCUACCAGCUACCUGACCGUCAGCCAACUGCCAGGCGUGGAACUCGGACAGCAGAUCACAUGCAGCGCCUCCAAUCCGCUUGGCAAAGACAAGGCCAUGAUGUAUCUGCUGUCCCCACGGACCCUGCCAACUGACACCGGGGUACCACCCCUUCUAUUGCUGCUUCUGUCCUUGUCUCUAGGGUCGAAGGCCAUCCUGCUGGUGGGGCUGGGGGUGUGGCUCAUUCAGUCCAGAGCACUGUGUUACAAGUGACCCGCCCCGAACUCGGUCCCCACACAUUUCGACAAAGUCCAAUAAAGAUUUUUAAUCCUCA